CGACAGCCCGUCACUCCUUUAAUAUCCGUCACUCCUUUCAUAUAUGCAGUGUUUCGCUGCGCACAUUCCUUUACCAUACAAUUUAUUGAUCACAUUCUUUUCAACAUGAAGCUGAGUGCAAUCCUUUCGCUCUCGAUCAUCUCUCUGGUCGCCGCAGCGCCUACCUUGCGACGCUCGCAGGGAGGCUGUGCCGCGAAAAAAGCCCCUACCGCUUGCCGAGCAAAUCUGCGGCAGCAUGAUGAUAUGCUGUAUCCUAUACCGAGCAGUAUCGGUAGUGGCAAUGGCAACGACAACGGCGUUCUGAACCACCUGUUCAACGGCAACCACGUGGAUAUCUCGCCCAGCUUUUCUCCGGCCCUAAAUCCGGGUGGCUCUGGAGCGAAAGGCGACGUCACGAAGGCCGGAGGUAAGGCGCAUCAUCUUCCUUCUCCGGCUCCUCCUCUCCCGGCCACUCAGGGUAUCGGUAAUGGCAAUGGCAACGACAACGGCGUUCUGAACAACCUGUUCAAUGGCAACCAGGUGGACAUUUCGCCCACCUUUUCUCCGUCUCUGAAUUUGUGAGCGAUAUCUUUAAACAGCGGUCGAAUUAUUCGGGGGAACUUUUGGAGGGCUACUUUUAACCUGGGUGACAAAUUGGAGCCAAAUGUUCUUAUGCGUUUAGUCAAGUCCUAGGGACACAAGUCCCUCAAAUGAUUGCUUUUCUUUUGCGCCAUAUUUUGGUAUACUAAUUUAAUUGAAUGUUUUUUUU